AUGGCUUCAGACGCUGUCCACUGCAUGGAAGCCACGAUGGCAGCGGCUAGCAAUGACCCACAGGCUGCGGCUAUGGCUGCUAGUAACACUCCCAAGAGUCGGCGAGUCGUCGUCGUCGCACCCGCGACGGCAUACUCCCAAGUGGAGCGAAUUUUGAGUGUGCCGCGUGUCGUGGCCUUUGGGAAUCGCGAGCCGCAACCUUCACAUGCUGACGGUCCGUACCCCACAGGUCAACACUCUGUUGCCGCCGCUGUUGUCGCUGAUGCGGAUGAUGCAGGGUUGGCGAUUUCAAUUCCCCACGCUGUUGAUUUCGCCGGCGAUUUCGGCGGGCAGCCAAGGAAAACGUUUGGCGCAAUGCUGCCGCCCGCCGCCACCCUGUCGACCACGGGCAGUGGACUGUUCACCAGCUCUGCCGCCCAGCUCGCACACUCCUCCCCCUGGGAGGGACCCUCCUUUGCCGGUGAAGGACCCUCCUCUGCUGCUCAGAACCACCUGCUCCGCGCAUUGCCCCCAUCUCCGCUUCCAGGGGCGGCUGUCCAUCAGAGCGUGGGUGUGGGGUGGACUAGCAGCCUCUUUUCCACGGCAGCACAGGCGCGAGCGUCCCUUGGGAUCUCCACCAUCUCUGCUAAUGGUGGCGGCAGCGCUGCUGCUGCUUAUGCUGCUGCUGCUGCUACUGCUGCUGGUGCUGUUGCUGCUGCUGCUGCUCCUGCUGCUGCUGCUGCUGCUGCUGCUGCUGCCUCUGCUGCCUGCGGAGAGACCUACAGAGCUGGGUCAGCUCAUCCCAAGCAGGCGGCUGGGCACCUAAUUGUACCAGCUGGGCCAACUUGGGUGGCUCCUGGGGCGGCAGGGGUGGCUGGGGCGGCUGGGGUGGCUUGGGCGGCUGAAGGCUCGGGCAAAGAUGAAGUAUCGCCGGGGGAACUCGCCCUAGAUUGGGGCUGGAAGGCGGCGCCUGAGAGGGGAACCCGUGGGGCGAUGGGGAGGAGGGGGAGCAGUGGCGUGAGUGGGAUGGGUGGAAGGAGCUGGGGGAACGGGUGGAGUGGAAGGAGUGGGUGGAGUGGGAAGGUUGGGGCCAAGUCAGCGCGGCGUGAGCUCCUGGACCUGAACGACGACCCUGCUGAGGAGACGGGUGGGGAGAGAGGGGCUGCGGAGGGAGGGGUUCGGGAGAGAGAGGGUGCGGAAAGAGGGGUUGGGGAGAGAGGGCUGGACCUGAAUGCGCCUGGUUUUGUUGGAGAGGACACGCGGUGUCAGCUUGACCUUGGUCAACAGCGGUCAACAGUUUUUGGGCGUUUGUUGCCCGACCAAGCGGAUCAGCCAAGCCCGUUCGGUCAAGGUGAUAGCCAGCCUGGUCAACUUGGUCAACAGCAUGUUGCUGGCUCAUGCAGGACGCAGGACGAUCUACAAGAGCCGCACUCCCAGCAACACCUCAGCAUCUCACGUAAGGGAGUAGGCGCGAUGCCGCCACCACAGCAGCAAGUCACUGUGGGAAGAAGCCUUCUAACAGAGACUUCUGAGGCGACUCAGGAACCGUUGCAGCGGACUGGAGUGGGGAGGGAUCUGCUGUCUGAGAUUCGCCUGUGGCAGAAACAGAUGGAGGAGGAGCAGGGUGCAAGCAGCAAGGGCCGGGUGGUGGAAUCUCGAGCCUGGGGAGCAGAUUCCCGAGCCUGGGGGGCAGAUUCGCGAGCCUGGGGGGCAGAUUCGCGAGCCUGGGGGGUAGAUUCCCGAGCCUGGGGAGUAGAUUCCCGAGCCUGGGGAGCAGAUUCCCGAGCCUGGGGAGUAGAUUCCCGAGCCUGGGGAGCGGAUUCCCAAGCCUGGGGAGCAGAUUCCCGAGCCUGGGGAACGAAUUCCAGGCUGUAUGGUGGGUGUGACUCGCUGAGUGCCUCUCUAUUCCCUCAGGUGCGCUCCCGCUCGUGGGCAUCGUUCCAUACUGCUGCUGCUGCUACUGCCCAUCCUGCUGCUGCGACUGCUGCUGCGACAGCUGGUGCGGCUGCUGUGGCUUCCACUGCUGCUGUGGCUGCUGCCUCUGCAGCAGACGGGGCUCGUUUCGACAGCAGAAAGAGGUCUAAGACGUGGGGUGGCCAAGGGGACGACUCGCUCCUUCCCUCACCUCACACCCCACCGCACUCCCGGAACGCUUUCAACCCCUUGGCUGAAUCCAUGGCGUCUGCUGCUGCUGCUGACGUGGCACUGCCAGCUCAGCAAGGUGCAAGGUUCUCCACAGAGCGUUGUUCAGAUCUUGGCAUGGGAAGGAGGUGGAGUCGCCUCGCUCCUGCCUGUGGUCACGAACUGGCCACUCAGAUUGCAGCUCUUGCUGCUGCUGAUGCCAGUGCUGAUGCCCCAGCAGGGAUCACUACAGGCAUUGCUGCAGAUGUCUCCAUGGCCAGGAUGCCAAGUGUUGGGAAUUCACUUGACAAGCUUCCAGAGCAGCAUGAAUACCCACAGCCAGGGAUUGUCAGCCCAGUCGCUCAGAAAGUGGCAGAAUUGCUUGGAGACAGACCAUUUUCUUUGAGCAGGCCUGAUGAUAGUGGCCUGCUUGCUCCCUGGAGUGAAAGCCAAGGGAUGGAUAGGGUUUGGCAAGGGGUUGGAGGGAGUGAGAAAAAGUUCAAGUGCAGCAGGUGCGACAGGGCAUUCCCUACGGGCCAGGCUCUAGGGGGGCACAUGCGGAAGCACUACGCAAAAGUAAUUUCAUGA